AUGGUGUACAUACGACAGGACAAGCUACCGAAGCUCAGGGAGUACAAGUACUCUGGCGUGGAUCAUAGUCUGCUUUCGCAAUAUGUUCUCAAGCCCUUCUAUAAUCAUGUGGUCAUAAAAUGUUUUCCCAUGUGGAUGGCACCCAACCUCAUAACUCUUUCUGGUUUCGGAUUCGUCGUAGCCAACUUUCUUACCCUGCUCUGGUAUACACCAACUCUUGACCAGGAUUGUCCGCCUUGGGUAUACGCCAGCUGGGCGAUCGGACUCUUCCUUUACCAGACAUUCGAUGCUGUAGACGGAAGUCAGGCCCGAAGGACCCGCCAGAGCGGGCCUCUGGGUGAACUGUUCGAUCAUGGAGUCGAUGCGAUCAAUACGACAUUGGAAGUUCUAUUGUUCUCUGCAACGAUGAACCUUGGCCAAGGCUGGAAGACAGUUCUGACGCUAUUUGCAUCUUCGCUGACCUUCUACGUGCAAACGUGGGAUGAAUACCACACACAUACGCUGACUCUCGGAGUAAUUUCCGGACCAGUUGAGGGUAUCAUAACGUUAUGCAUCGUGUAUGCCUUAACAGCCUACCUUGGUGGGGGUAGUUUCUGGCAACGCUCCAUGAUCCAAAGUCUCGGAAUCAAAGAAGGUAUCAUCCCGGAAAUUUUCUACAACAUGGCAUGGAAUGAGUGGUAUAUGGUCUAUGGAGGUGUCGUGCUCGUGUUUAACACUGUUUCGAGCGCACUAAAUGUAAUGAAGGCACGUCGUGCCCGUGGUGAAAAGACACGCGUUGCUCUCCUCGGUCUCCUCACCUUCGGCUCCGCCUGGGUCCUUAUCGUUGCAUACCUGUACCUGCAGCCAAUGAUCCUGCACCACCAUUUGGUACCUUUCAUCUUCUACGCAGGUCUCAUCAAUGCGUAUUCGGUCGGUCGCAUGAUCAUCUCUCACCUCACGAAAUCACGUUUUCCGCGAGGCAACGUGCUCAUGUAUCCUCUGAUAUAUGGAGUCAUCGACUCGCUCGGACCGUGGCUGCAGGAACACAUCGGAGUGGGCUGGCCAAGUGCCCUAGGCAACGAUGUUUACCAAGUCGCCUUUGUGUUCAUGUGCUUAGGCCUCGCUGUAGGUGUACACGGAAGCUUCAUCGUGGACGUCAUCUGGACAAUCUGCGAUUAUCUGGACAUUUGGUGUCUCACGAUCAAAUACCCUUACCAGCCAGUAGAAGAGAACAUGGAAAGGAAAGAGCAAUGA